AUCAUGCCUCCGGGACCACCUUCGACACCACGACCCAGGACCAAACGGGUUUCAGCUCAGCACACACGGGAGCGGGUCCGCAACAAUCAGCGUCGGCAUCGUGCUCGUCGGAAAGACUAUAUCGUAACGCUAGAAGAAAGACUCGGCGAAGCAGAACAAACUAUUUCGAGCCUCAGAGAUCAGAUCGAGGCUCUUCAGGCGGCAUUGACGCGAUACCGCCGCUAUCAGAAUUAUCAAAAUAAGGCAGAUUGUCGCACGCCGCUGCUGCAACAACCUCAAAGUCAGGGUGGCGCAUCAUCGCCACCUCUUGCCGGCACUCAUGGCGAAGCCUAUCAGCCAUCCAAUGUUGUCUCUGAUACAGAUGACCUCGGAGCUGGGAAACUGCCCGCCCCGGCUUCCACAGAUCCACUGGCCUCCGAUGGCCAACCUGGGUCGGAAGUCAACGCCCUCAUCUUUCCACCAGCUGAAAGUCUUCAGGCGCUUAUCCCUGUAGCUCAGUCAUCUGAACCUGUCACCGGACCUCUGCUGGCUCUAGGAUCUGCCUCAACAUCAAGCCCACGCUCUGCACCCGAGCUUACUUUCACAGCUGCAAGCUACCAGGCUGUCGCUGAGGCCGGAAGUCUGCUAUCUGAAACAGUAAUACCAGACCAGAUAUUGGCCCCAACAACACCCUGCUGCUCCAGUGAUCCCUCAUCGGGUGCACAACUAACUGCCGACACAAUAAAUCGAAUGGCUCUCGUUCCGAGUCAGGAGACCCCGCUCCUAAUGCCUGCAUACAUGCUCGAACCAGCAAUGGAAGCCUACUACCAAGAAAAAGCUUACAGCGAGUCCACAAUGCUUUGCUCCGAGGCAUAUAUUCUCAUCGCGCAACAGAACUUCAAGGGUAUGAGCCAGGGAGACGUGGCUACAUGGCUAUGGAACGGCUUUCGCCGCUCACUUGAACCGGGUGGGGGAUGCCGCGUUAAUACGGAUAUGCUAUUCAGCCUUCUGGCAUUCAUCAGCGAUACCUGA